AUGCAGGGACCCGAGCAGCGCCUGGGCGGCGGGGGCGCUGCCUGCCCUAAGCAGCUGACCUCUUUCCUCAUUCGAGACAUUCUGCGCCCCGGGGGCGCUCCCACGUCGGAGCCCGGCGGGGAGGCGCGUCCGGCGGCGCGGAGGGAUCGGGCCGGGGCCAGCCAAGCCCCCGAGAAGCCCUGCGCGGCGGACGCGACAGAUCAGUCUGCAGAGGCCUUCCUGUCUAAUUCUGAGAACGCCCCCAAAUCCUUACUGAGACUCCCAAAGCAGCCGAAGCGUUCCCGGGCUGCCUUCUCCCAUAUGCAGGUCAUAGAGCUUGAAAAGAAGUUCAAUCACCAGAAAUACCUGUCUGCACCUGAGCGAGCCCACCUAGCCAAGCACCUUAAACUCACCGAAACACAAGUGAAAAUCUGGUUCCAGAACAGAAGAUAUAAGACCAAGAGGAAGCAGCUGGCCUCAGAAUUUGGUGGACUUGAUAAGAACUCAACAAUUCCAGCCUUCAAAGAGCGUGACUUCUCCAGGGCUACUCUGGCCCUUUCUGUGUACCACAGCUACCAGUAUAAUCCAUAUGUCUACUACCUGAAUGGCUGGAGUCCAGUCUUGUGGUAA